AGUCCCCAGCACCGGAUCCUGCUGGACUUCCUUUUCCUUGACACGGAGUGCACGUAUGACUACCUGUUCGUGUAUGACGGUGACUCCCCCCGAGGGCCCCUGCUUGCCAGUCUGAGUGGGAGCACCCGACCCCCACCCAUCGAGGCUUCCUCUGGCAAGAUGCUGCUGCACCUCUUUAGCGAUGCCAACUACAACCUGCUGGGCUUCAAUGCCUCCUUCCGCUUCUCCCUGUGCCCUGGGGGCUGCCGCAACCAUGGGCAGUGCCGGUCCCCGGGGGUGUGUGCCUGCGAGCCAGGUUGGGGGGGCCCUGACUGUGGCCUGCAGGAGUGUUCAGCCUACUGUGGCAGCCAUGGCACCUGUGCCUCGGUGAGCCUGUCCCCCUGGGCCCUGACCUGUGACCACACCUGCUGCUCCCAUCUCCUGGAUCUGACUGCCCUUGUCUGACUCCCCCUGCCACUCCAUUGACACUGACCCCACACCAGCGACCCUGUUCUCAUCCGCAGUACUGCCUCUCAUUCCAGAUUUC